AUGCCCUCCAUCCCGCACCAGCUCUGUGAAUUCCAAGGAGAGCUCCAGGACGGGGGCCCAGACGGUGACACGAGAACUGGAACCCCUCAGUCUGUCUGGCCCCUGGAAUGCCGGCCUGCUUCUUCCAUGGCCCUCCGGGCACUGCCCCGCAUGACCCGGCCCUCCUUCCCCGCCUCCCACCACCAGAAUCAGGAAGGGGAGUCUACCUGCUUCUUUCUGCGCGAGCUGUCCAAGCUGGGCCCGAACAGUCGCAGGGAGGUGGGGCUGCGGGUUCUUCAGCUGCCUGUAGAUUACAGGGAAGUGACGCAGAGGGUCACCAGAAUCUGGGAAGACCUUCAACCUGAGGUCCUAGCCGAUUUUCUAAGGUUCUGGGUGUGUCUGCAAGAGUUUAAGCUGAAACACAGACUUGUCGUGCACAUAGAGCUGGACGCCUCCGCCAAGGCCAUCGUUCUGGAACAGCGCGCCAAGAACCGAGGUUCCUGGGAUGCCGACAUCCGGGGCUUCAGGCCCGCUCGCGGCGAGGGCCUUCCGGAUGGCCCGGAAGUGAUCGCGUCCGGGGUCAGCACGAGGGCGCUCAGCAAGCUGGUGGCGGUGGAGGGCGCGCAGGUGGUCUACUCUCGCAAUGCAGGCAGAUACGUCUGUGAUUACACCUGCUACCUGUCUUUGCAUCAUGGGAAUGGGCGCACGGCCCUCCUCCGCGUGCCUCCAUUAUCCUGUUGGCUCCCGGACGUGCUGGACGAGAUGAGAAAGCCGGAGCUCAAAGCCCGGUUUGCAGAAAACUCAACCUCGGUGAUUCCAGCCCCGGGGAACCGAUGGGGGGACUGCUCCUUUAGAGAAAAUUAA